UCCUGCUCUCUUUCCCACCUCUUGUCUCCGUCUCUCUCUCUCUCUCUCUCCCGUUCUCUCUGCAUCUUAUCCACACCCCCCUCUUCUGCUUUCAUUCAGAUUAUUUACCCAUCUCCUCCUCACUCCGCUGUGUCCUUCUCCUCCCUGGUCUUCCUUGUCGCUGCUGCUCUAGCCUCCUCACCCUACAUCCCUCCCUUUCCUACCAGUGCUCCCCGCCUUCCUCCUCCUCCUUUUGGAGAUCUUCAAAAGCUGCCCAGCACACACUUGCACAUAGCAUAACACACUCCUCUCUCCUGCGUGGGAAAAACAUGUCAGCUAUUCUGGACCUGGACCAGAUUGCAUGCUCUGGGAAUGGAGUGGAGCAUGACAUUGAGACUCCCCAUGGCGUCCUCCAUGUGACAAUGAGAGGCGUCCCAAAGGGCAAUAGACCCGUCAUCCUCACCUAUCACGACAUCGGCCUCAACCACAAAUCCUGCUUCAACACCCUGUUCAACUAUGAGGACAUGCAGGAGAUCACUCAGCACUUUGCAGUGGUUCACGUGGACGCUCCCGGCCAGCAGGAGGGUGCACCUCCCUUCCCCAGCGGCUAUCGCUACCCGACCAUGGAUGAGUUGUCUGAAAUGCUGCCCUCUGUGAUGACUCAGCUCAAGGUCAACAGUGUGAUCGGCAUCGGCGUGGGGGCGGGAGCGUACAUCCUCAGCCGCUUUGCACUGAACAACCCGACCCUGGUGGAGGGCCUGGUUCUGAUCGAUGUCGACCCAUGUGCCGAAGGCUGGAUCGACUGGGCAGCUUCAAAGCUGUCUGGAUGGACCAGUAAUUUGGUGGAUACCAUCAUGGCUCACCACUUCAGCACUGAUGAGCUGACAGACAACCAGGAGCUGAUCCAGACCUACCGCCUCCACAUCGCCCAAGACAUCAACCAGGACAACCUGGCCCUCUUCUGUGGCUCCUACCAAUACCGUCGGGACCUGGAGAUCGAGAGGCCAAUUGUUGGUCUGAAUGAGGACACAGUGAACACACUAACCUGCCCUGCGUUGUUGGUGGUCGGUGACACAUCCCCUGCUGUGGAGGCUGUGGUGGAGUGCAAUUCCAGGUUAAAUCCAACCAAGACCACACUGCUGAAGAUGGCUGAUUGCGGAGGUUUGCCCCAAGUUGUGCAGCCAGGGAAACUUGCUGAGGCCUUCAAGUACUUUGUUCAGGGAAUGGGCUACAUGCCGUCAGUAGGAAUGACUCGUCUGGCUCGCUCACGCACCACCUCCUCUUCCAGCAUCACCUCCAUGGACAGCAGUCGCAGCCGCAACAACCUCAACAGCCUGCUGGAGGGCAGCGCCACCGGGGCCUUGGACAACCAGGCUGGGCCCCAGACCAUGGAGGUCUCCUGCUAAACUCCGCCCCCUGCACAUUCCCAUAGUAACUUAUGUGCCCCCUCUUUCUCUCUCUCCCUCUGUCUCUCUCUUUAUCAUCCCGCUCCUAAGCAACUCAAAUGCCAGGAGGAUCUGUAAUGAACUAUGUGAUUAGAAACAAAGAUGUAAUAAAUAUAUUAACAGACGCAUAUUAUAAAAUAUUGAAUAUUUAAUACAGUUUCACAGUCACAUUCCUUCCAGAAACCAUUACAAUGUUCAGAUGUGGUGCAUAUUCAAAUGGUUAAACCAUAUUAUUGGCAGAACUGUCCAACCCCAACACCUAUUUAUUUUUUUCACAUUGUGUUUGAUUUAAAUGUCUUCACAUACACUGUAGAAAUCUUCCAUGUGUUCAAAAUAACAUUCAUUGCAAGGUACCACGCUUUUACUGUUUUAACAGGGCUCUCCUGUUGUGAUCCCUAAACGUGUAGGCUGAAUUGAUUUUGCAUCACUGUAUCUUUGUGUUUUAAUCCCAAACUUGUUGAAAUACGAGGCCGAAUUAGUCACAAAGUAUACAGAGGGAUCACAAAACCUACUGUAGCAGCUAAGGUAAACUAAGGUAAAGUGAUACAUGAAAGCAACCAUUGCAAACUGUAGCAAACUGUCAGUACAACUAAACUAAAGCUGUGGAGAGAGCUGCUUUUGAACAACAUGAAAGAGCAUUCAGUGUAAAGUCACGUACCAGUGUGUCAACUCCUUAACUUCACACACUUUCAUUUAUUUUGUAUUCUUUUUGUGUCUGAGCUCGUCUCCUUUUCUUUCUGCUGUGUUGAUGUUUUUGUUCAGUUGAAUAGAUUAUUUAGUGAUGUUUUAACAACCUGCUACAAGUGGGUUCUGAUCUGAAAAGUACAGUCCCAUCACUAAGGGGCCCAGUGGUGCUUCUCACUGUCUGCUGAUUCAACUCAUUUAUAUUACUACUGAAUAAAGCUACAA